AUGGCCCGUAGAGGUCGAAAAUGUAAGCGCGCUGUAAAUGGAUUGAGAGAUGAACCAAUUGAGCAACCUCCCUCAUGUCAUGAAACAAGGCAGCAGCUUCCACUUGGAACAAGCCAUGAAAAUGUAAUUGAACAAGUUCAAGGAGAAGCUGCUCGGGCACCUCAAUCUCCAAUUCAGAAUUCUACAUUGGGAAUAAUGCAUGAAUCAGGUGACCAAGUUACUCAACAAGCUGAUAGAGGUUCACAGUCGCAUGAGCAGUGCCAGAACUCUCCAAUUCAACAAUCUCCACUUGAAACAAGGCACGUACCAACUGAAGAAAAUCCAAAUCAGGAUUCUCAAGGUCAACAUUCCAAUGACACCACCUUCAUGUCAUGCAACUCGGACGAUGCAGGAAAAGAAACUACAAAUGAUUCAAGUGAAGUACAUCAGAAAACCCGAGGCCCUACAAUUAUGAAAGAAAUUUGGGGUCGGCCUAAGGACCUUCCACGGAUUGAGAUUAAACUCGAUGACAAUGGGAUCCCAAUAAGUGAGAAAACCUCUUUCUCUGAAUUCUUGGGCAGUUUGACUAGGAAUGGUAUGUAUUGUCCAAUAGAUGUUGAAAGUUGGCUUAAGAUGCCAAGGAAACUUAAAAUGGACAUGUUAGAAGUGAUAAAGGAAAGGUUUGCUUUGCCUAUGGGACUAGAAGCUUGGACCUUAAGAUCUAUUGGCAAAAAAUGGAGAAACUGGAAGGCAGAUUUAAAGGCUACAUAUUUUGAUCCUACCGUGCCAAAUGCUGAAGCUCGGUUUCAAAAGGACAUAAGGGUACGGGAAGAGCAAUGGAUCAAACUUUGGGCUUAUUGGAAAAGUGAAGAAGCAAAGAAACUAAGUGAGAGGAACAAGAAAGCUAGAGGGGAGAAGAAGAUGAACCACACAACUGGAAAAAAGUCAUUUGCUCAUCUUCGGAACCACUUGGCCAAACAGUUGCGAAGACCUCCUACUAGAGUAGAAAUGUUCAAUAAGUUUUAUACCCAUGCCGAUGGAACUCCAUCAAGUACCAUGGUUGCUGAGAAUUUGGAAAAAAUGAAUGAGCUGAAAAAUCAGCUUCCAUCGGAGUCACAAGAUCCAGUUGGUCGCAAUGAUAUAUUUGCCCAGGUGGUUGGGCAAGACAAACAUGGUCAUGUUCGCUUGUUUAGUGAUGGUGUGAAUCCAACGGACUUAUGGGAAGACAUUCCUAGUCGUAACACAUGUUACCGUAUAAGUGUUCAACAACAGUCAUCAUUGGUCCGUUUGGAGGAAAGGCUUCAGCGACAAGAUGAUGAAAUAGCCAUCUUGAAGAAAAUGGUUUUAGUUCAACAUGGAAGGGGCUCUCCAAUUGACAGCCCGAGACAUCCUUCAUCAUCAUCUAACAAUGUAGGGAAUAUGGUUUCACUAAAAAGUUUGUUUGACCCAACAAAAUUCGUGGCAAAGGGAUAUUUACGGAGUCUGAAUCCAUUGGAUGAGGUCGGGGGACAAGCUCUUGGGCCAAACUGGUGUGAAAUACAAAUACAAGUUGCAAUGAGUCCACGUGAGCAAUUGAUUAGACCGUAUGAUUUGCAGCAAACAAUUCAAGAUGCACUUGGUGCACCAGUUGCUUGGCCUUGUCAUUUGGUGGAAACAGCUGAAGAAUGA